AAUGAACAUGACCAUUAUUUUAAUUUAUUGUAGUGUUUUUCAGUUUACAUCUAUUACACUAUUCUAAAAUUAAAUUUUAGAAUAUUUUUAAAAAAUCUAUUCUAAAAAAAAAAAAAAGCCGCGCUGGUCGGUCGCUGCAGUCAUCAAGUCUGACUAAGGCAGUGAUGCAUUGUAGAUUAUAUACAUUUGGGGGCAGUGCCUAGAGAUGGAGGCAAAGCAGUAUGGUGGCGACCCUAAACAAAGCAUGCAAAUGAAGUAGACUGUUCUGGCCACCCGCCCCAUUUCACUAGUCUUAAUCCAAUCAGCAUAACUAUCCUACUCAGACAGUUCAUUAUCAUAGAAACAAAGAGAAAAUCCACACCUAUGGGGGUACAUUCAGGUAUUGAGGAACACGAACAAUGGUCCCAGUUCAAAGGAUAUGAAAGGAGCACCACGAAUUAUCAAUUACAAAAAGGUGAUAGUUACAGUAUCCUGGUUCAUUUGACUUAUAAAGAAAGGAACAAGACUGGCAGAAACUAUGCUGGCAGAGAAAGAAUAGCUCUUAAAAUUUGUAUUCCCACAGCUUCUACACGGAACCUUUGGGCAUACUUUGCCUCAGACAUAUCACAUGGUCAUAUAUCAUAUGUUCGUAAGUACACUUUUCUGUUGUGUUUUCAGUUAUUGCUGUGCAUCGUUCAGAGUGCCAGACCUUCAUGCAGGAGAACAUCUGAACUGGGAUGCUUGGGGGACUAUGGAUGGUGUUAUUGCUGAGGCUGCUUCUGGUGACCUACAAAACACCUGUGCAUCACGAUCCCACUUCAAUCAGCAUAUAACCAUCAAGCUGGACCUGUUCCAUUGCAUGAGGUGCUUCCUCUGUGAGUGUGUUUCAGAGCAUCACACCCUAUACAGUUCCUUCACCCAAUUCUUAUCUGCCACUUUCUGUGUGGUAGAUCAGAAGGACCUGCAGAAGCUCAAUAAUGCAUAUGCAUUUUGUGGGAUUCAGCCUGCCAACCCCACCAAGCAGCAAGAGGGUUGAAGGAGUUAUGCAGCACUUCCAUUUGGCAUCUGAUCCAAAUGGCGUCUCCCUGUACAAACCCUCUAUACUGAAGGCAUGGUGCAUGGUGGCUGGUGAGAUCCUGUACAGGCAUGGUGGAACACUGCAGCUUAAUCAUGUCCAGGGUGAGGGGGCUAAAGUUGAUGUCUGGAUCCCAAUAAGAGGAACAUCUCAGCAGGAGGGCUACCAUUUCCACCAGACUCAGUGGGUCACUGGCACACGUGUUUCCUCAGAGCUGUUUCAAGCCCAGGGCAUGACCGGAGUGGCACACUGGAACUUUCAUCAUCUGGUGGACCUGAAAAUGCCAGAUGUUUGGCUUCCUGAAUCCACUGGUACACUGACUGUGUCCUUGCUGUCCUCAUUUCUUGGUGCCCAUGUGGAGCAUCAGUCAGAGCCAGAAUCCACUGGCAUGCUGCCUGUGCCCUCGCUGUCCUCACCUCAUGGUGCCCAUGUGAAGCCUCAGUCAGAACUAGGAACCUCAUAUACACCACCUCUGCCCAUGGUGGCCUCACCUGCGAGCACCUGCACUGGACCUGUGAAGACUGGUGGGAAGGCAUUUGUGCUGGACCACAAAUGGUGGACAGCCCCAAUGAAAGAGGCCAUUGACGUCUUGCUGAAUAAGCAUCAUGGGAAGAAGGACAUGCUAAAGUUUGUGAAUCAGGAGUACACAGCAGUGGCCCAGAACUCCUGUACUGAUCUCAAUAGCAUGCUCCAUCCAACCACAAGAUUGCACAUUGCACAGUACGUCAAGCACUUGGCCAAACUGCUAAACAUCAGUUCGUCUUUAAAUACAAGUCCAGAGAAACUAAUUGAGGGACAGCAACUCUGGCACUCACUGACAGAGGGGAGUGAAACUACCAGUGUCCCAGUGGUAACAAUGCCCCCUGCAGUUUUAAACCCACCAACAUCUGCUCUGACCACACCCCUGACUCAAGAGACCAUUGAGAGAAUUGUCGAGAGCAUCAUGGAGAGGCAACAACAGCCAAAGCAGAAGAAGAAGCAGACAAAGACUUGUCUUGCUUGUGGACAGCCAAAGUCUCACUAUGAGAGUGAUGGCUGUUUUAUCCACUUUUUUUUUUUAUAAGCAAGGCCCUGUCAGGUACUUCUACUGUUCCACAAAGGUUUUUAAAGCUUACGGUGGUGAAGGACUUACAAACCCCAGAAUACCAUUUCAAAACUUCAUGGAAACAGAGUUCUUUCAGCGAGAACUUGAGGCCACAAAGAAACAAGUGGAAGAGAAAAUACAGCAGAAACGCACAAGGCCUGAUUCUCAACACAUUGGUCGCUUGUGUAGAUUUUGUAAAAUGGAACUUAAGCAGGGCCCAAACAGUCCACACAUAUACACAGGCUUUCCUGGAGUUGCAGAGAAAUAUGUUUAUUGUCUUGCCAAAGUCUUUUCCAUUUACAAUCAUCAGGGAAUGGAAAGAGUUGACCUGGAAAGAGUUUCAGAAGUCUGCUUUUUAUGAGAUGGAAAGACAGAUGGAUGGCAGAAAAAAGAAAAUGAAGAAAAAUGUUCCCAUGUAAAUAUCUUUCGUUCGUGGUGAAUAUUUUAAUAUUUUUUUGUUUCUUCAUUAUUAUUGCUUUUGGUUUUCACUGCUCUUUUGAAGUGUUUAAAAUGCAAAUA